AUGGAGGAACCUGUGAAACUGUUGAGUAUGGCUGAAGUGGCGAAGUGCAAGGAGAGAAAUCGUACUGUCAUGGUAAUAAACAACGCCGUGUACGACAUCACUGCGUUUUUGGACGAUCACCCCGGAGGCGCGGAAAUUCUCAUAGAGCAAGCUGGGAAGGAUGCUACAGAUGUUUUCGAAGAUGUUGGUCAUUCUACUGAUGCGAAAGAACUUAUGGAAAAAUACAAAAUUGGCGAACUAGUUGAGGAAGACCGCGUGCAAAGAACAGCGAAGCCAUCAGCGAUCUCGGACACUGGAAAUGAAACAAAUUUUAGUUACUGGAAACUGUGCGCCGUAUCUGUUGCAUUAGUAGCUGUUGCCACGGUUUUGUACAGAGCAUAUUAUAUCGAAAAGGGUCACUAA